AUGAAGAAGUAUCAAUUUUUGGAUAUUGGCUCCCAUCAGAAAGUACAAAAUAUUCCUUUUGGUUAUCAUUAUAAAACAAUAUCAGAUCUUACUGAAACACAGAAAGAAUGUAUAAAAGAGUGCAUAGCGGAAGCUAGCAUAUUGGAAAGACUAUCACCGUUAGUCUCUGCUUAUUAUAUAAUAGUUGGUUUGUUAUCAGGAAUAACAAGAAUAUUUUCCCCAUCUGCAUGUACUGAUUGGCCGUAUAUUUCAGUCUUAUUAGCUUGGACAAUUGUGGUGGUCUAUAAAAGAUCAAUUUGUGGAAAAAUAUUAGUAAAAAGCCCUGAAGAUAUGCUACAAGAGUACAUAAAUAAUAAGAAACUUGUGUUAGAUGACAAAAUACGUGUAAAAGAUAAUGAACCAGAUCUAAAACUUAGACGAACCUUGUUUAUAAUUAUUG